AUGGCUACCCUUUUGAAACCUGCAGAAGGCAGGGAUCAUCUAGAAGCUGUGGGUCACAUAUGCAGUCUUAAGGAUGCUUUUGGCUACGAGAACCCAUCUGAAAUAGCAAAUCUAAUCUCUGCAGAGAAGUUUGAAGCAGCUCUGGCUAUUCAUCUUUAUAAAGGAGGCAGACUUCUGCAAGGUAGUAGAAUUCCUUUUGGAAUCAUCUUCGGUGGCACGGAUAUAAAUGAAGACGUCAAACAUGAAGAAAAACACCGGGUGAUGGGGGCAGUGUUAGAAGAAGCCAGGUUUGCAGUGGCUUUCACAGAGAAAAUGAAGGAACUGGCAGCAGCAGAGUGGCCAGAUGCUAGAAGCAAAAUAUACAUCCAGACUCAAGGAAUUAUGACCACACCCAGUGCAACUUUUAACUGGAAGAGAUUUCUACAAAAUGCAGGGAUCCCUCAAGACACAGAAAAUUUACGCCUGUUUCUUUUGAUAUGUGGACUUAGAAGAGUCAAGGACCCUCUUUAUUUAGUGGAUGUAUUUUCAGAGUGGCACAGAAGAGAGCCCCAUAUCCACCUUGUUAUAAUUGGACCUGCAGUUGAUACACAGUUUACAAGUGAAGUCAAUGAAAAAGUUAAUAGGACACCUGGGGUACAUUUGUUACAGGAGAUACCUCAAGAUGAUCUUCACGCUGCUGUGAAAAGAUGCUUUGCAGUGGUGAACAGCUCUAUUUCCGAGGGGAUGUCUGCUGCAAUCCUGGAGGCAAUGGAUUUAGAUGUUCCAGUGCUGGCGAGGAAUAUUCCUGGGAACGCAGCAAUAAUACAACACAAAGAUACAGGACUAUUAUUUACAGAUCCCCAGGAGUUUGUCCAGCUCUCCAAAAGUCUGAUGAAUGACCCCACUUUGGAAAGAGAAAUUGUGACAAAGGCAAAAGCGUAUGUGAAGAAACACCAUUCAUGGGACGGUGAAAGAGAGGCCUAUCAAAAUCUUGUCCUGAGACUCCAGUGAAUCAUUGGGUAUCAAAUGUGGAAACUGAUCUUAUUCUGUAUCACUUUAAUGGUGACACUGUAAUCAGAUUAUUUUAAAGAAAAAAAAUUCACAUAUUAUGGACAUAUUGUUCCACUCGACUUUGCCCAAUUUACAAACAUACUGCAUCAGACCGGUAGUCCAUCCAAUUCACCAUCCUGUUUCCAGUGGUGGGUGGCACCAGUGAAAUCAAGAAAAUGUCGAUUUCUUAAUAUUGUUGGAUCAUAUGGGCCUCAAAAGAGGGCUAUUUCUUGUGCACGGGGUGGAUUUCAUCCACAGUGAACUCAUUCAAACUCAGUUACUGUGUUGUAGCCUGACAAAGCUAAUGGGGAUUAAGGCAUUUACACUCAAAUUUAAUUAAUCUGAAUUUAUUCAGAUAUAUGUCAAUGAUAAACAUAAUGUUGUAAGAAUGGGUUCAUCUCUAUUUUGAAUGAUCAAACAUAUAAAUACAUUAAGCAUCUUAGCCAGGCCUACAUGAUCUAAAUUUUAAAGGGGGAAGAUCAUAAAUUAAUCACAUGACUAGCACUUUUAUCAAGAAUGGAACUGGCUGGAGCUAAUGAGAAAUACAGACAUUGAUGCUUUCUAGCAUGAAAAAUUGUACUCACUGUUUGCUGUUUACAUAUUCUACUUUAUUUAUGAAUUAUUGGAAGACAGCAACUACCUCUUAAAAAUUACCAAACUUCAGGGACCUCACAAAUGGUGAAUGUUCUUACAAAAGAUGGAUGGAGGCUAUAAUAAGGAGCAACGAUGUAAUUUGGUACUUUUGUCAUGAGUGACUCUCAGGAGUUAUUAUUGUGAACUUAAUGUAACAGGAUAUUGUAUUUUAAGAAGAGCUACUAAUUCCCACAUGAAGCCUAAACCAAUCAUUAUUGACUGCUCAAUGGUUAAAGUAAUAUCUUGGUUUUCCACAAUCUGGUGUCAAAGAAGGCUGCUAUUUCUAAAACACGCAAAGUGUUUAUAAUUUUUAAACAUCUGUUGUUGGGAAACUAUAGUUGCUAUCUAUGGGCCUGAUCCAACCCCCACUGAAGCCAGUGGGAAUCUUUCCAUUGACUUUAAUGGGCUUUGCAUCACCCCCUAUUUGUGUUAAUGAAUUUACUGUGCAUGUUGGUUUUCCAAUUGACCUCUUGGUUGUGUUGCAAACGUUUAGUCAGCAACCCUGAAGAAAA